UUCUGUAGAGGUCGAAUGCAUGUACCAGAAGGGAUUUAAUACAGUUUAGACUUCAGUCAGACUGUCUCUGGACUACUUCACACUCUGGUGAAAGGCCGCAAAAAUCCAGUUGAGAAAAGAGCCUGCUAAUUGCGACUGUCACAACUGUGACAACAAAACCGGCCAAAAUCAUUUGAUGAAAAAAAAAAGUUAGCUGACUCUGAUGACAUCUUACUGAGUUACUUCAUAUUCAGUCAAAAUUACAGAAUCAUUAAAAUGUACUACUCAGCACAUAGAGCUCGGUGGGCACUAGGCUGCCAGCGUUCAGUUCUCAGAACGCUCAGCUAUAACUUCGGCACUGAUGUUCAAUACAAACCUAUUCGUAGCGUUUUAGUUGCUAACCGAGGUGAGAUUGCUAUAAGAGUUUUUCGAGCGUGCACAGAACUCGGAAUUCGUUCAGUGGCAAUUUACUCUGAACAAGACAAAAUGCAAAUGCACCGACAAAAAGCAGAUGAGGGUUAUUUAGUAGGUCGAGGCCUUCCACCUGUUCAAGCCUACCUAAAUUUUCCAGAGAUUAUACAAGUUGCGAAAGAAAAUGGUGUGGAUGCUAUUCACCCUGGCUAUGGUUUUCUUUCCGAAAGAUCUGACUUUGCGAAAGCAGUUGUCGAUGCUGGAAUCCGAUUCAUCGGUCCCAGUCCCCAUGUCGUCCAACAAAUGGGAGACAAAGUGGCAGCUAGAAUGGCAGCCAUUGCAGCAGGGGUUCCAAUUGUUCCUGGAACAGACGGCCCUGUAACAACUUCAGAUGAAGCAAUGUCUUUCUGUCAAAAACACGGUCUUCCCGUUAUAUUUAAAGCAGCUUACGGAGGUGGUGGCAGGGGAAUGCGUGUAGUUAGACAAAUGGAAGAAGUUAAAGAGAUGUUUGAGCGAGCAUCUUCAGAAGCUCAAGCAGCUUUUGGUAAUGGUGCGAUGUUUAUCGAGAAAUUCAUCGAACGACCAAGGCACAUUGAGGUUCAGCUUUUGGGAGAUAAUGCAGGAAAUGUCAUACAUCUUUACGAAAGAGACUGCUCUGUUCAACGAAGACACCAGAAAGUUGUGGAAAUCGCUCCAGCGCCUCGAUUGGACUCCAAAACUAGGGAAAAAAUGACUGAAUAUGCUGUGAAAUUGGCACGGCACGUGGGAUAUUCGAAUGCGGGAACUGUUGAAUUUUUGGUCGAUGAGAAUGGCAAUUUCUAUUUCAUUGAAGUGAAUGCACGGUUGCAAGUGGAACAUACAGUUACUGAGGAGAUCACAGGAAUUGAUUUAGUUCAAUCGCAGAUUAGAAUUGCAGAAGGAAUGACUCUUCCUGAGCUAGGCAUGACCCAAGAAAAAAUUUCUCCUCAAGGCUAUGCGAUUCAAUGUAGGGUGACUACUGAGGAUCCAGCGAGAAACUUCCAGCCCGAUACUGGAAGAAUUGAAGUGUUCAGAUCCGGUGAAGGAAUGGGGAUUCGGUUGGAUAGUGCUUCUGCUUUUGCUGGUGCAAUCAUUUCACCUUAUUAUGAUUCAUUAUUAGUGAAAGUUAUUGCUCAUGCCGCCGAUCUUCAGUCGUCCUGUGCAAAAAUGAAUCGGGCUCUGAGAGAAUUCAGGGUCAGAGGGGUUAAAACCAAUAUUCCAUUUUUACUGAAUGUAUUGGAAAAUCAAAAAUUCUUAAAUGGAAAUGUAGAUACUUAUUUUAUUGAUGAGAAUCCUCAGUUAUUCAAGUUUUUCCCCAGUCAGAAUCGGGCGCAGAAACUUUUAAAUUAUUUGGGCACUGUCUUGGUUAAUGGACCGAGUACACCGCUUGCGACCCAAUUAAAACCGGCGGAGAUCAAACCGCAUAUUCCAGAAAUACCUACUGAUCGGUUACAGCCACCGCCAGGUCUCAAACAAAUUUUAUUAGAAAGGGGCCCAGAGGGUUUUGCCAAAGCGGUUCGCCAGCAUAAAGGACUCCUCCUCAUGGACACAACUUUUAGAGAUGCUCAUCAGUCACUUCUCGCCACUCGAGUUCGCUCCCAUGAUCUCCUCAAUAUUUCACCUUACGUUGCUCACAAAUUUUCCAAUCUUUAUGCACUUGAAAAUUGGGGAGGUGCCACUUUCGACGUUGCCCUGAGGUUCCUACAUGAAUGCCCUUGGGAAAGAUUGAUUGAUAUGAGAAAAGCAAUUCCUAAUAUUCCAUUCCAGAUGCUUCUGAGGGGUGCUAAUGCUGUGGGCUACACUAAUUAUCCCGAUAAUGUUGUGUACAAAUUUUGUGAUCUCUCGGUGCAAUGCGGAAUGGACAUUUUCAGGGUGUUUGAUUCACUCAAUUAUCUUCCUAAUUUAAUCUUAGGUAUGGAGGCAGCUGGAAAAGCCGGGGGAGUCGUCGAAGCCGCUAUCUCCUAUACAGGCGAUGUGUCCGACCCCUUGCGCACCAAAUAUGAUUUGAAAUACUAUAUAAAUCUUGCAGAUGAGCUUGUUAAAGCAGGAACUCACGUACUUUCUAUAAAAGAUAUGGCAGGCCUCCUAAAACCAAAAGCAGCAUCACUCUUAAUUGAUGCCAUUCGCCAACGUCACCCGGACAUUCCCAUUCACAUUCACACACACGACACAGCAGGUGCUGGAGUCGCAGCUAUGUUGGAGUGUGCUCGAGCGGGAGCAGAUAUUGUCGAUGUAGCGGUAGAUAGUAUGUCAGGGAUGACCAGUCAACCGUCAAUGGGAUCAGUUGUAGCCUCUCUUCAGGAUACAGAUAACGAUACAAAAAUUCAACUUCGAGAUGUUUCCGCAUAUUCUGCUUACUGGGAACAGACACGAACUCUCUAUGCCCCCUUUGAAUGUACUACUACUAUGAAAUCAGGGAAUGCAGAUGUUUAUAUCAAUGAAAUACCCGGUGGCCAAUACACCAACCUGCAAUUUCAGGCUUACUCCCUCGGACUUGGCGAAUUUUUCGAGGACGUUAAAAAAGCCUAUCGCGAAGCAAAUAUUCUCCUUGGUGAUAUUAUUAAGGUGACUCCAAGUUCAAAAGUUGUCGGAGAUUUUGCCCAGUUUAUGGUGCAGAACAAAUUGACUUCAAAGGAUGUGCUUGACAAAUCAGAGGAAUUAUCCUUUCCCAAAUCAGUAGUGGAAUUUCUUCAAGGAGCAAUAGGUGAGCCACAUGGGGGAUUUCCUGAACCAUUAAGAUCCAAUGUGCUUAAGGAUAUGCCGAGGGUUAAAGGCAGACCUGGAAAAAGCCUUGCACCUUUGGAUUUUGGAAAAUUGGAGAAGAAAUUACGGGAGACUCAUCCGACAAUUAGUGAGAAGGAUGUCAUGUCUGCUGCACUUUAUCCUGAGGUAACUGAUAAUUAUUUGUCCUUCAGAGAACAGUUUGGACCUGUUGAUAAAUUAGAAACCAGAAUAUUCCUCACCGGCCCUAAAGUGGGAGAGGAGUUUGAUAUUACUAUUGAAAAAGGAAAAACACUGGGAAUUAAGACUCUGGCAAUGGCAGAAGAUCUUACUCCUAAUGGAGAAAGGGAAGUUUUCUUUGAGAUGAAUGGGCAGCUAAGAUCAGUGUUCAUUAAGGAUAAAGAAGCAGUUAAAGAGCUGCAUGUACAUCCAAAAGCAGACAAAUCUAAUAAAAAUCAAGUUGGAGCACCAAUGCCAGGCACCGUUAUUGAUAUUAGGGUGAAACCUGGAGACUCGGUAGAGAAGGGUACUGCUCUUGUUGUUAUUUCAGCCAUGAAAAUGGAAAUGGUAGUACAGGCGCCAAAAGCAGGGAAAAUCAAGUGUCUCGAUGUUGCUCAAGGAACAAAGAUUGAGGGAGAUGAUCUUCUUCUUACAAUGGAGUAGAUGAAGUCUUCCCAUGUUGUUCGACGCCUUACGGCGACUCCGGGAAAAAUUUCACAUUUUCAGUUCCUCUUUAAUUCUGUAUACCCAUUAUAUUAUUAGGUUUUUUUUUUAUUAAUGGUUUUGAGAAUACGGGAAAAAUGUGAUUACUGACAUUGUUAUGAUAGUUCUAAUACGUGUUAAUAAUUAUGGAAAAAAAAAAAAAAAAAAAACCCGAUACGAAAAAUGUUAAA